GUCCUUCUUCCACUCUAUUGCAGGUUAAACAUGGCUGCGCUCUUAAGAUCCACUCGGCUGCUUAAACUCUCGCCUUGUCCUUUGCUGCGAGGAAAAAUAAACAACCAGGGACACCCGAUCCAUCGCCUAUACAGCAGAGCAGUUGGUGUGAAAGGAAUCGAGGCUUGUCCGAGACAAACCGCUUUAAGAUCGGUGUGCUCGAACAGGUCCGCUUGGUUCUCUGCAGGUCUGCGCUGCUUCAGUGUUGCCACAGAGAGUAAAGGUGUGGUGAAAGAUGAACCCAGCGUCGCUUUACGCACAAAACAGGCCCAGCAGUUCGACUGGGCUCUCGCUAAACUCGACAGCUCGGUCAGACGGACCGGUCGCGUCACCAAAACGUUGAUUCAACGCAUCUUUCACGACAUCUGCCGUACAGGAUACCCCAGCAGUAAUCAGGCUCUGCUGCUGUUGAGGAGUUGUGGCUCACUGCUGCCCGAGAUGCCACUUGAAGAGCGCAGUGAGCUGGCACAUCGGAUCUGGGAGAAGCUGCAGGAGUUGGGUGCUGCAUAUGAUGUAAGCCAUUACAACGCGCUACUCAAAGUCUACCUGCAGAAUGAGUUCAAGUUCUCGCCUACUGAUUUUCUCAGCAAAAUGGAAGUGGCCAAUGUUCAGCCCAACAGAGUGACGUAUCAGAGACUGAUUGCAGCGUAUUGUCAAAAUGGAGAUAUUGAAGGCGCAAGUAAAAUUCUGGGCUUCAUGAAGAGCAAAGACUUGCCCAUCACAGAGGCAGUGUUCAACUCUCUGGUGACUGGUCACAGCCGAGCCGGAGACAUGGAGAGUGCAGAAAACAUCCUGUCCGUCAUGAGAGGGGCCGGGAUUGAGCCAGGCCCGGACACUUAUCUAGCUUUACUAGUGGCUUAUGCUGAAGAGGGGAACAUGGGCAAAAUCAAGGAGACUCUGAACACAGUGCAGAGCAAAGACGUCAGUCUGAUGGACAGAGACCUGAUGCAGGUGGUGUUCAGUCUCGCCAAAGCUGGCCAUCAGCAAUAUGUGCCUGAAAUAGUGGAGUGCAUGCGGCAUGAGAGGGGCUACGUGCCAGAUGCGAUGAACCUGUGUUUGAGUCUGACCACCCAGGGCUUUGAGGACACUGCAUUUACUGUGCUAAAAAGCUUUCCCGGAUUGGUCAGAGUUGCAGGACGGGAAACUCUAAACAUGGGCAACUUCUUCCUCCGUCACUGCGUGAACAUGAACAAGUCACCUGAAAAGUUGGUCUAUUUCUGCACACAACUAAAGGAAUCCAACCUUCACUCUUCACCACAGCAGUUUACACUGUAUUGCGCUCUGGAGUCCAAGAACACAGCUUUGGCCAUAGAGGUGAUGAAGAAAAUGAAGGAAGAAGGAUUACCCAUCAGGCCUCACUACUUCUGGCCCCUUUUAGUCAAGCACCAGAAAGACAAAAACACACAAGGUACUCUGGAGGUGCUGAAGGCCAUGCAAGAGCUGAACAUUCAUCUUGAUGUUGACACUUACUCCACCUACAUACUGCCUACUUUCUCCUCAGUGGACAGUGCUCGUGUUGCUCUUAAGGACGCUGGCUGUGCAGUCGACAAUGGCGAAUUUAUUGCAGCAGAAGUGCGAACGGUGGCGGCGAGUGGAACUCUUUCUGAGCUGUAUGCUCUGUUAACUUUACCCUCCUUCCCAGUCAUUUCUCUCAGCUCGUUCAGAGGAAGCCUGAUCAAUGGCUUCAGGGGGUCUAAAGAUGUGGAGAACAUGGCCAAGAUCACAGAGCUGCUUUAUAAAGAUAGCCGCUUUGGUCAGACUGACGCAGAACGAGCAGAAAACACGGCCUACUUUCUUUUUAACCUUUUUGAUGGAAUGACCGAGUCGGAGGUACAGGCUAAAGAAGAGAUUUUGAGAGAAUACCUUCAUCAGCUCAGUAACAUGAACAUCUUCAUUCAUAUGAACAUCUACAGAGGAAUCAGGAAUAUCCUAAACUUGUACCAUGUGCCAGAGCUCACCAAGGACGUUCUUGCUCUAGUGGACAAACAAUCGAGAGAUGAUGAUGUUGCAGAGUCCAAGGUUUUUGAUGGGAAACUAGCCGUUCAGGAGAGAAGGCUGGAGGAGCUGAAAUCCAAAGGGAAGCCGGUUGGAAACUUAUUCAGACAGCUCAUCGCUGCUCUGUGUGCUGAGGAGAACCUGGCCCAUGCUCUGGAGCUAAAAGCUCAGUAUGAGGAUGAAAUGACUACUAGUUGCUACGCCCUGCUCAUCAACCUAUGCUGUCGUCACGACAACCCAGAGGAGGCGCUCAACCUGAAGAGAGAGCUAGCUCGUAAAGACUCGGAGGUUAUGCUGGAUGCCAACAAAUACAUGAGCUUGGUCAGGGUGCUCGCCAAACAUGGCAGGAUUGAAGAGGCAGUCGACAUCCUGAAAGAGAUGAAGGAGAAGAAUGUGCGGAUGUUGGACACCACGGUCACCCGGUUGUUCCACAUUCUCAACAACGCCUCUGUGAAAGGGGACGUCGCCACCAUUCGGCACCUGCAGGACACGGUGUUCACCUUAGGCCUGGUCAAGCCCACCAGCAACCUCUGCUCGCCACUGGUUUCUGCGUACCUGGAGCGUGGGGAUGUGAUCGGAGCUCUGGAGGCCAGCAUAGAGUGCCAGAAGCAGUACAACCAAAUGCCCCGGAUUCAUGACAUCAUCUGUCACCUGGUGGAGAAAGGAGAGACUGAGCCACUGCAAAAAGCUAUGGACUUUGUGAGCCAGGAGCGUGGCGAAAUGAUGAUGCUCUACGACCUUUACUUCGCUUUCUUGCAGACGGGCCGCUACAAGGAGGCACGCAAAAUCCUUGAGACUCCAGGUUUAAGGGCACGAGCUGGUCGCCUGCAGUGGUUUGCAGAGAGGUGCAUUGCAUCUCAGCAGAUGGAGCCUCUUGAAAACAUGGUGGAGAUGACCGCAAAGCUGUUUGAAUGUGACCGAGACGAAAUGUACCACUACAUGCUGCGCCUCUGCAAGGACACAAAUGACUGGCAAAAGGCUGAAGCGGUCUGGACCAAGAUGCAGGAGGAGAAUGUGAUCCCAAGAGAAAGAUCCCUGCGUCUGCUUGCUGAUAUCCUCAGGAGCAACAACCAGGAGGUGCCCUUUGACAUGCCUGAGUCGUGGUAUGAACAACCAGAGUCUGAGGAGCAUUCUGAGCAUGUCAAGGAGGAGAGUCUAAAAAUGGAGAAUAGUACUGGUUUCAGCAUAUCUCCUUCAAGAGACACUAAACCCCAUGACUAUUACCGCAGUGUUUUGACCCUGAGCAAAAAAGGGAAAGUUGAAGAGGCCUGUAAGGUGGUGAAGGAGGCACACAGGAAGGGUCUGGCUCUGGGAGCUGGUUCAUAUGACAUCCUAAUCAAGGCCCUGCUGGCCAGAGGAAACCUGAAGGACGCCAUGGAAGUAAAAGACAUUGCUUCCAAAUAUAUUGCAGAUUUCAAGCUGAGUGAAAUGGCCAACAACCUCCAAAUAGUCACACUAGUAAAGCAAGGAGACAUUAAAGGAGCUUUGGUCAGUUUUAAGGACAUGCUGCAGAACGAGCAAGUGCCCUCCAUACUUGCUAUUACCCGAUUGGUCCAGGGAAUGGGUAGUCACGGAGACAUCGAGGGCAUCCAGGAAGUGGAGAGCAUGGUUAAGGAUUUGGGGACCUCAGUCAACCUGUCCUACAUGCUGUAUUUGAACAACAAGGCUUUGGCUUAUAUCAAAAACGGAGACUUGGACAGUGCAGUGGAAGGCCUCGAGGCUUUGUACACCCAAAACUCAGAUGGGCUACAAAAAAGCAUUGCAUUUGUCUUCCGUAAAGUACUCGAAGCCAACAACGGUGAUGCGCUUGAUAAACUGAGCGCUAUGUCGGAGCGGCUGUGUAAUCAGUUUGCCAUCUACAGACCUGCCACAGACCUCUUCCUGCAGUACAUAGAUGCAGGCAGGACAGAGGACGCCAAGUUCUUGCUCCAGCGAUGUGCAGCAGUGACUGAGCAGAAGGAUUUAAUGGUGGCCUACAUGACCAAAGUUUCACAGAUUCCAGGGCAGACUGCCAAGAUCAAGAAUCUGCUCGAACUCAUGCCAGAUUUUGAGAGGGAGAAUGCGUUCACGUUCCUUUUAAAGUGUUAUAGUGUGGAUAAAGACUUGACCUCAGCUAAGGCUCUUUAUCAGCAGAUGCUGGAUGAAGGACUGCAGGUGAACGAGUUGUCUCUGAAGAGACUGGCGCUGCUGUACAAGAAUGCCGGCGAGGACGUGCCCUUCGAGGAACCUCCGGAGACUUUCAAGUUCUACGCAGACAAACUGAAGGCCUCACAUACCCAGAGUUCAACAGAAAACUAGAAUCUCAUUUUUUGUUGUUGUUUUUGUUUUUUUAUAUAUGUAUGCUCACAUCCUGUGAAGUUAUUGAGCCUCGGUAAACUAGUCAUUACAAGUGCAGUGAAAAAAAAAACAAUAAACUUAUGUACAGAAGUAUUUAUGCUAAUAAAUGUGUUACACGUG